CACUCCACUUCACCUCAGUUUCCUUCUCCAUAUAAAUACUUCCCACUCGCUUUACUCUCUCAUCAGUCACCCCCCACCAAAUCUCUCUCUCUCUCUAUCUCCUCUUCCACCACCACCAAAAUGCAACAACGAUCACUUAAGCGCCAAAGAUUCACCGGAAAUACAGCUCCGCCUCCGAUCACGCCGACCGAGACAGCUUAUAAUUCUCCACUACCUCCAUCGCGCCUUACCCAAGAGCAAGAGUAUUCGAUAAUGGUCGCCGCGCUUAAAAACGUCAUCUUCGGCUCUACUGCAACUGCCAUGUCAUCAGAUUUUUCUCAAGAAUUGCUUCAUCUUCACUCUCCUCCUCCCACGGCAGUCUUCAGCCCAAUACUGCCGCCUUCUGAUCUUGACACGUGUAGUGUUUGUAAUAUUAAAGGGUGUUUGGGCUGCAACUUUUUCCCGCCAAAUCAAGAAAACAACUCUACUACUGCUACUACUGGUAGUAAUAGUAACGGUAAUAAUAGUACCAAGAAAGUGACAAGAAAACGAGUGAAGAAAAACUACAGAGGCGUAAGGCAAAGGCCGUGGGGAAAAUGGGCGGCGGAGAUAAGAGACCCCCGGCGAGCCACCAGAGUGUGGCUGGGAACUUUUAGCACCGCCGAGGACGCUGCAAGAGCUUAUGAUAAAGCCGCCAUUGAGUUCCGAGGGCCGAGAGCUAAGCUUAACUUCCCAUUUCCAGAUAAUUCUACGAAUUUAGAAAAUAUUUGGCAAGAUCAUCAUCAUAAUCAAGAACCUGUACAGCAAGAAAUGAAAAAAAGUAAAGAAUUUGAAGUGGUUGAUCAAGAAAAAGAUGAGUUCAUGGGAAUUGAAGCAAUCGGAGAAGAUGAGAUACAGCAAUGGAUGAUGAUGAUGGAUUUUAACAAUGGCGAUUCUUCAGAUUCAGCUGGUACUGCUACUACUACUGCUACUGUCGGAACUUAAUUAGUUUGAGAUAUUAAAUUUUGUAGUAUAUAAUAUUGUAAAUUUUCAAGAUUCUUUCAUUGUUUUUCUAGAAAGAAUCAGUAAUAUUAUACUAUAGGAUUGUUAAUAAAUAUACCAGUUCAGUUCCUUAAUAGAAUGUGUACUGGUAUUCAUUUUUGGCUGCUAUUCAACUAUAUUUUCUUUACA